AUGUCGCCAACGCUCGACGUCGCCGCCGCCCGCGCCCAGUUCCCCUCGCUCGCCAGCGGCUUCGUCUUCGCCGAGAACGCAGGCGGCUCGCAGGUCCUCGGCGCGUGCGUCGAGCGCAUCUCCGACUACCUCCUGCACACCAACGUCCAGCACGGCGCGGGCUACGCGCGCUCGCUGCAGGCGACCGCGCGCGUCAACGAGGGCAAGCGCGCCGUCGCGGAGCUGUUUGGCGCAGAGGGCAACGGGGAGGACUACGUCGUGCUCGGCCCGAGCUCGACGCAGCUGCUCGAGAACCUCGCGCGGGCACUCGAGAAGGACGUGCGUCCCGGCGAGGAGAUCAUCAUCACCGGCGAGCACGAGACCAACGCGACGCCCUGGAAGCACCUCGCUGCGCGCACCUCCGCCUCCCUGCGCCUCUGGCCGCACACGCCCGCCCCCGCCUCCUCCGCAAAUUCUAACCCAUACGCUGUUGCGCUGCAGCUCGACGCGCUCCUCCCGCUCAUCACGCCCAACACGCGCCUCGUCGCGCUCUCCGCGUGCUCCAACCUCCUCGGCUCCGCGGUGGACGUCAAAGCCGUCGUCGACGCCGUGAAGGCACGCGCGCAGGAGCUCCGCGCGCGCAAGGUCGAGGUGUGCGUCGACUGCGUCGCGUACGCGCCGCACCGGCGCAUGGAGGUGAGCAAGUGGGGCGUCGAGUACGCCGUGUGCUCGCUCUACAAGGUCUAUGGCCCGCACAUCUCCGCUCUGUACGCCGCCCCCAGCGCCCUCCCCGCGCUCUCCUCCCUCGCGCACCACUUCCUCCCGACCACCACCUCGCCCAUCUACAAGAUCCAGCCGGGCGGGCCCGGGUACGAGCUCGCGUACGCAUGCACCGCCGUGCCCGCGUACCUCCGCGCGCUCUCGCCCUCGCGCACGCUCGCGGAGUCGUUCGCGCUCAUCCAGGCGCACGAGGCGGGGCUCGUGCGCCGCCUCGUGGGCUGGCUCGAGGCGGAGGCGCAGGGGAGGCGCGGGGUGCGGCUCGUGGGCGAGGGCGUGGGCGCGGGCGAGCGGCGCGUGCCGACGGUGAGCUUCGUCGUGCAGGGGAGGCGGAGCCAGGACGUCGUGGGGGUGUUUGACGAGACGGGGACGGUCGGGAUACGCUACGGCCACUGCUACGCGUACGGCCUCGUCGAGCGCCUCGAGCCCAAGAUCGACAUCGACGACGCGGUCGUGCGGGUCUCGCUCGUGCACUAUAAUACCCUGGAGGAGGUGGAGAAGAUCAUCGAGGUCUUGGAUAAGGCGCUGGACGGGUAACCGUCAGUGGAGGACUCGGCCUGGUGAUCGUGACCAAGUGGGUGCCAGGAACUACAUUGAAUGCUCUUUGGGCCCGCGGCCCUUGGGACGUGUCGAUCUAUGAUACAUUUGUACACUUGUAUGUAUGUCUGACUGUACAGGGUGAGAUGCUCUUUGGAUACUAAUAGAAUGCAUCACAAUGCAUGCCCAGGCGCUGCGCAAAGCGGCGCCAUUCCGCCUUGAACUCGGGAGUGAAAUCAUAAUACUCACCACCCUCUCCCUGGACAAGCACAAACAGCUCCUUGAAACCGUCUGAAAGCUUACGAACCACAAUCCCCGCCUGCAUCCCUGCAUCCCAUGCCCAAUCUUGC